UCCAUUAAGCUGCUGUUAUCAGCAGGUUGAGGAAGGUGUGGUCUGUCAAACUCGGUCAUCCUCACUAUAAGAAGGGUACCGAGUAUCGACAGAGUCGCCCUUUACUCCUGACUUCUCUUCAACUCCACAGCUCUCCUAGUUGCCGACAAGAUGGCCCAUCUCUCAACCCUUUUCAAAUACUUGGACGAACACCAGGAUCUCUAUGUUGAGCGCCUGGCGGAAUGGGUGGCUGUCCAGAGUGUAUCUGCCUGGCCGGAGAAGCGUGGGGAGAUCAAGAAGAUGAUGGACAUAGCAGCAAAAGACAUCGAGAGACUGGGGGGCACAGUAGAGAUGGUGGACAACGGCAAACAGAAGCUUCCAUCCGGGGAGGAGAUCCCCCUGCCCCCCAUUGUCCUGGGCCAGCUUGGUUCUGACCCGGCCAAGAAGACCGUUUGUAUCUACGGUCACCUGGACGUCCAGCCGGCCAAACUUGAAGAUGGCUGGGACACGGAGCCCUUCACACUGGUGGAGAAAGACGGUAAGCUCUUCGGAAGAGGGUCCACAGACGACAAGGGUCCCGUGCUGGCCUGGUUCAACUGCAUAGAGGCGUACCAAAAGAUCCAGCAGGACCUUCCCAUCAACAUCAAGUUCUGCUUUGAGGGGAUGGAGGAGUCCGGCUCAGAGGGUUUGGAUGAGCUCAUCUUCGCCCGCAAGGACACCUUCCUGAAGGACGUGGACUAUGUGGUCAUCUCAGACAACUACUGGCUGGGCAAGACCAAGCCCUGCAUCACCUACGGCCUCCGAGGCAUCUGCUACUUCUUCAUGGAGGUGGAGUGUGGCGAUAAGGACCUUCACUCUGGCGUGUUCGGCGGCUCCGUUUAUGAAGCCAUGACCGACCUCAUCACACUCAUGGGCUCCCUGGUGGACAAGAAGGGGAGGAUCCAGGUGCCAGGGAUGUACGACAACGUGGCUGAAGUCACCGAGGAGGAGCAGCAGCUGUACGAGAAGAUCGAGUUCGACCUGGGAGAGUACUGCACGGAUGCGGGCGUCCACAAGCUGCUGUACUCCACCAAGGAGCAAAUCCUCAUGCACCGCUGGAGGUAUCCAUCUCUCUCUCUCCACGGCAUCGAGGGGGCGUUCUCCGAUGGAGGGGCCAAGACGGUUAUUCCCAGGAAAGUCAUUGGAAAAUUCUCCAUCCGCCUUGUCCCUGACAUGGACCCCAAAGUGGUGGAGAAACAGGUGGUAGAUUACAUGCAGAAGAAGUUCUCUGAGCUGGGGAGUCCCAACAAGAUGACGGUCAGCAUGGGCCACGGUGCCAAGGCAUGGGUCUCCGACUUCAACCACCCUCACUACAUGGCCGGUCGCAAGGCUAUGAAGACAGUCUUCGGCGUGGAGCCGGACCUGACCCGCGAGGGCGGCAGCAUCCCGGUCGCGCUGACCUUCCAGGACGCCACGGGAUGCAACGUCAUGCUGCUCCCCCUCGGGUCCUCAGACGACGGGGCCCACUCUCAGAACGAGAAGCUCAACAGGACCAACUACAUCCAGGGGACCAAGAUGCUCGGAGCAUACUUCCACGAGGUUUCCCUACUGGAAUAAAUGGAGUAAAACAACACGGCAAUCAACUAUCAACUCACCUAUUGUCUUUGUAUCAUGGAGCUUUCUGCCAGCUCCCCAACAGAUCCUGGGGCUUCAGAAUUACACAGUAUUGAACUUCCUUUUCUUGCUACACCAGCGUGUUAAAAUAAAGUAUAUUUUUCC